UAAAGUUGCUUGGCAACAAAGUUUCAAUAUGGCGGCAAAGACCUACUACUGUCUGUGUUAACAAAUCCAAUCUCAGUAAUUUUAGCUAUUGCAGAAGUGAUACUCAAAAAAUAUGGCGACUAUUGCACCGAAGGACGGUCCCCCUGAGGUAGUAAAUGCCAGAAGGACAGAAUCAUUGGAUGCUCCUCAUAUCCUCAAUCUUGUACAGGAUUCAACGAAGACACUGUUUGGCAGAGUUAAUGUUGUGGAUGUCAUAGAAAAGGCAGUUCUUGCUGUUACUCUGUGCAAUGACAGAGAAGAAAUCCUUGGGCAUGCUGCCUUUUUUGAUUAUCCAAAUACAGAUGUUGAUUCAGCCACAUGGGAAACUUGGUUUCAAGAGACUUAUGGAGAUCAGCCAAGCAAUGCAUUAAAUUCCCUUUUCAUGCAUUACUUUGUGGCAAAACCUGAGUAUGCACAUGGAUGUGCAAGGGAGAUCAUCAGAACUGCAUUCAAUGCUGUGCCCGAUUUACAUUUCCUUUUUCUGUUGGUACCAAUGGGUGCCUACCCAGAUUCUUCCCUGGAUGAAAUAUUCAAACAAAUGGAUAAAAAGGAGGGAUCCUCUGGGGCGUCUAAAGGAGCUGUAUUUGUGUGUCACAGACAUAACCAUGUGCCUGUUCUCCAUGUUAGAAAAGCCAGGGUAGAAGAUCAUGAUGAUUUGACCCCAAUAUUUAAUCGUCAGAGUGACAUGCUAAAAAUGACCUAUGGGGACUAUUUCUUGGCGGAACUGAUUGAAGCACAGGACGACCACAUGCACUGUUUAGUGGCAGAGGUUGAUGGAUCUGCCAUUGGUUUCAUGAGUAUCAGCGAUGAUGUGAAUGCAGAUCUACUGAAUAAAUGCUUUGAGCUUGGUGCUCUACAUGGACUGAGAAAACCCCACCCAAGUGACCAAGUGUCUCCGCCUGAAACACCACCUCCUGAGGCUCCUACAGAAGAAGAAAGACCAGGAUCAAAGAUGUCAGAGAAAUCUUCCAGCUCUAUCAACAGUAAAGCAGAACAGACAGAUGGACAAAUGGAUGAGAGGAAACCAGGGAGUCAGGCAUCCAGUGGUCAGAACUCCAGAGCUGGGAGUAUGUCAGGGGAUCCUCCAAAGGUUCAAAGUAAAUUAAGUGAUGCCCAGCUGACCGGAGCCUCACUGCUGAGUGAUGGGGAGCAGAUGGAAGAAGUGGCUCGAGAUGCUGAGGAUCGCGAGUCCCAGAUCUCCAGCAGAAAGAGCUCCAUCAAGGAGGAGGCAGUACAGUCCAGACUUGGAUCUCCACCACCAUUUACACCAAUGAGAACACAGAAACGAUUUGUACCAACCUAUAAUGGACCCCUCAAUGCCUUCAGCAUACAGCUAUUCUGUAUAGAUGAAAGAUAUGAAAUGAGAUCAGGUGAUUUCCUUGCCACCUGUUUCUCCUUGUUCCCAGACCUGAACUUCUGUGUCAUCACUGUGCCACAUCUUGUUCCUGAAUUUCCUCUACUUCAAAGAUUUAUGAGAGUGACUCCAAGGUGUCCCAGCACCUUGCCACAAGAGUUGUAUGUCUUCUACAAGGCUGGUCUUUUGAAGGAUUUCAAAGUGAGGCCAGCGUGUACAAAAGACACCGCCGGUGUGGAGAAUCUUGUCAGGAGCAUCCACCUUAACGAGAACAUCCUGAAGGACCUACAACAGUUUAACAAAGCUAGAAGAGACGAGGAUGGGACAGAAAUUCAAGCUUUUGUUGCUGAAUGCCAAGGUCAGAUUGUUGGUCUGUCAGUCAUUCGAAGAGAAGAGAACAUAGAGUACAUCCGCUCCCAUUACAACAUAGAGGACUUUAUAUACUACAAUCACCACAAGCGAGAGGACCACGGACACCUCCAUCACUUUGCCUUGAACCCCAUCUUUAGUCAUCUUUCCAAGUAUUUUAUAAAAGAAAUUUUCAGACAAGGCCACAAGUCUUGCUUGUACUAUCCAUUAUACCCAAGUUACACACCAAAAGAGACUGUGGACAAACACUCCUUGGUGAGCGCGCUCAAUGACAUGGUUCCUGUCAGAGCCCGCAGACAGAUCACCUACCCACUAGAGAAGCUCGGGAUUAAUGCCCCAUCGGAGCGAGUGUUGAAGGAGAAAGAGUGUUAUGCUUUGAACCAUAUCAACAGAAAACUAGUGAUGGAACCCAAAGUCACUAUCAAUGCCCGGAUAGUUGUGGUUGGAGCCUCUGAUGUGGGAAUCUCUCUCCUGGAAGCUCUUGCUUAUUGUCCACACUUGCGGUUCAACAAUCUGACCCUGAUCUCACCCCACGGAAUGCCAGGGGAGAUGCCCCCUGAUGAACUAAGGGACCAAAUGCUAGGUCGCUCCUUCUGCUAUGACCAGGAGAGUUACGCCAAGACCUCCCUCAGAACAUGGGUGAAUGUGGUGGUGGGUAAAAUGACAGCUUGUGACAGAAAGAAGAAAGUGGUGGUAGUGAACGGGAACACUCUGGUGCCUUACGACCACCUUGUGAUGUGUAUGGGACAACAGUACCAAGUCCCCGCCCCCACCGAGGCAGACAUAGACAUGGGGACCACUAACAGUGAGCUACCCAACUCCCCUGACCGGCGCUAUCUCAAGCCCCAGCCCAAGAACCUGUUUACAGUCAAUGAUGAGUACGAUGCUGCUGUGGCGCUGUACUGGUUAGAGAACUACUUCCUCAAGUCCAACAAAAAAGCCAUUGUGUAUGGCUGCACGUUGGAUGCGUAUUGUUGUGUACAGACCUUGAUAGCUAUGGGAAUUCCUGGGGAAAAUAUCCAGCUUGUGGAACCCCCAUCAAUUUACCAGUCAACCUGUUUCAAUGACCCCAAAAUUGAUGAUGCUGUGAAACAGGCCAUGGUUUCCAGUGGAGUCCAGGUGCAUUCUGGGUACAUUCUGGCCCAAUGGAAUGAUGGGGAUGAUGUUUCAGAGAUCACAUCUGCCAGUUUUACAUCUAGCAAGACACCACUGACUCUGGAAUGUGGGGUAUUCUUUGCAUACUACAAGAGGGCUGUAGAUACUGACGCCUUCAAGGCAAUCAACGAUGCCUGUUUGGUGUAUGACGGUAAGCUGGUCAUUGAUGCCGCCUUCCACACCAACGACGUGUCUGUAAGAGGGGCGGGAACCAUCACAAAGUACCAGCGUAAAUACCAUGCCGAACAGUGGAGUCAUGCCAACUUCAACUCCAAAGAAGUCGGAGUCCAUUUGGCCACAGAAAUGCUGCGCCUGUUUGACCCCACCCUGGACCAGCAGACAGCUCCCCCCGAGGAAUCGCUGAACCUGAUCCCGAUCUACAGAAACCCCAAAAUACAAGGAGGAAUUCUACCAGGAUGCUAUUACUAUCUUCAUGUUGCCAAACCUGGGUUAGACGUCCCCUUGGCCACACAAAAAGAACAACCAGAUUAUGGCAAGGAAUACUUAACUGGUUCCCCUGGAGGAAAACCGGAUUAUUUCAGAAUCCACAUCAACCAAUACAACAAUGUGGAGACUCUGACUUGUCUGACGAAACAGGCUUUUCCCUGUGAGAACUUCAUCUGUUUGUACGGGCUGCAUGAGCGAUUCCUGAACAAUAUGGUGUCUCGCUUCAAUGAAAAACUCAUUCCUGAUUUCUACGAGUUUUUCCGAGAGACCUGGUGCCUGGCCCUGUAUCACGACAGGUUCUCCGACUUCCGGGACGAGGUGCGAGAGCUCCUGGUCACCAGUCCAGGUGUUGGUAUGGAUUCCAUUGAAGACAAAGUCAGAGAAGUAGUGGAUGAAGAUGUACCGAUGAAUGAUGCUCAGAAGAAACAGUUGCUGGAGAUUUAUGCCUCCAGCGGAUCUAAGCAUGCAGUAGAGACUCGCCUAUUGAGUUUCCUCAGCUAUAACUACUACCAUCUUCCCAUGUACGCCAAGCCAGGGAUGGUGUAAAACUGGGACCGUUUGUAAAAGAUAUACACGUGUACAGUGUCAAGGGAGAUCAGUUAAAAAAAAAAACCAAUGACAGCAUGAGAGCAAUUUCUUUAUAUUCACGUCUUUAUAUUUAUGUCUGGUACCAUUCUGUAAUUGAAGGGUGUGUACUUUUGAGAAAUACCUUUGUGUUUAUAUUGAGCCGUCCGUGAAUCUGUGAUAUCCACAGUGCUUAUUUGAUAAAAUAUUUAUUGAAGAUCAAUUUAACAUUUACGUUUCUCUGUUUUGUAAUAAAUCAAUUUGAAAGAUA